UUAGGUGCCUGAGCUACUGAGGGUCUAUGUCUGGGCAGCCGAAGAGUAUGGUUAGCAAGAUGAACAAAGAUGCGCAGAUGAGAGCAGCAAUUAACCAAAAGUUGAUAGAAACUGGAGAAAGAGAACGCCUCAAAGAGUUGCUGAGAGCUAAAUUAAUUGAAUGUGGCUGGAAAUAUCAAUUGAAAGCACACUGUAAAGAGGUAAUUAAAGAAAAAGGACUAGAACACGUUACUGUUGAUGACUUGGUGACUGAAAUCACACCAAAAGGCAGAGCCCUGGUACAUGACAGUGUAAAGAAGGAACUUCUACAAAGAAUAAGAACAUUCCUUGCGCAGCAUGCCAGCCUUUAAGAUUGAAUUAGAUUGUGUUGUUUUGUGGUUUUAUUUCUGAAAGUAAAACUUGACAUAAAUUAGGAAUCAUUUUCCAAAAUAAAAUCCUUUUUUGUAUAAUGGUAUACAUUUUUCAGUAAUGAUGUAUACAUUGUAUUGAUUUUUUUCCCUAAAUGUGUUAUUUUAAUAAAUAUCUCA